UAAUGUUAAACCUGCACAUUACAGUCUCACAUCAUGGCAGCAAAAGCAGUUGCAAACACCCUGAAAACAUCAAUUGGGCCAAAUGGACUUGACAAGAUGAUGGUGGAUAAGGAUGGUGAGGUGACUGUGACCAAUGAUGGUGCGACGAUCCUCAGCAUGAUGGAUGUGGACCAUCAGAUUGCCAAGCUUAUGGUAGAACUCUCCAAGUCUCAAGAUGAUGAAAUUGGAGAUGGAACUACUGGUGUUGUUGGUGAGUUCACUUCGCCUUAACACAUCCCUCUUCUUAUUAUUAAACAUAUAAACAAUUGAAUGCACAUACGAUGCAGAAUUUGGCUUUUUAAAUCCAUGAACCCCUACAUAUUCCCCCCUGCAUGUUUGUUUAGUA